AAUCUCUGAAAAGAGAAUCCCAAAUUCAUUCGUGCAACCGUCGCUGCUCCGGCCUACGAGACUUCAGCUGACCUAGUCGCUCCUCCUCCCUCCUCCGCCGCCUCCACCGACGGUGUCUUCUUUGGUGCAACCUUCUUUGCUACUUUCUUCGCUGCUUCCCUUCUGGCUUAAGAACGACCUAGCCUUAUAAUUUAUCAUCUGCCCUUACCCUUGAGGAUGAAGAUAAAAGAAGCUAAUGCCGGCGCACUUACGAAUUUUGAAGUACUCGACUUUCUACGAUCUCGAGGGGCGUCGAAGGAUCCGACAAGAGUUAUUGCUCCAAUAGCACCAUCCGAGUUUAAGGUUUAUGAUUAUUUACUGGAGAGCCCCGCUUGCAAUCAAACAAAAGAACAAAUCAACAAGUUCUUGACAAGGUGUAAAAGUUAUAAACUUGCAAAAGCUGAGGUGCUCAAUAUCAUCAACCUGAGACCAUCUGCAUUAGUUGAAAUCGACCCGAUAAUAGAGGAAUCCGAAAAGCGAUUUGGAGAACAACUAGAAGAGCUGGUUAAUUUGGUGGUGGAGGUGUUGCCGGAGCCUCCUAAACAAAAUGUCCCUGAAGAAGAAAACAACGAGCUUAAAGAAGACACUGUGGACGAAAAAGGAACGAAUGAGGAUAAAACGGAAACCACAAACCUUGAACAGAUCGAUGAGGAUCAAACGGAACAAAACGAAGAUGGUGAGCAAAUGGAGAUUAGUUAAAUGCCCUCUAUGCCUAUGGUGUAAGGUUGUUUGUGACAUGUUCAGUUGAGGGUUUAGGUUUAGGAUUUAAGACUAUUAUUUCCAAUUCCAUAUUGAAAUUAAAACUU